AUAUAAUUUGGCAAUGCCAAUGUAUUCAUUCACCCAUAAAAAAAACAUCAUGGUACAGCCAAUGGGUUCUUUCUCUUUGGUGUCUCUGUUUACCCUCUUCUUAUGUUGUUGUAGCGUGAUACAAGCUCAGCAGCCUUAUGCUGGACUAAGGACAACAGACUGUACAAAUCCACACACUUCAAAUUCAGUCCUUGGAUACACCUGCAAUGGCUUAAACACCAGUUGCCGAGCUUAUCUCGUUUUCAGAUCCCAGCCUUCGUUUAACAACGUUACAUCGAUUGCCAAUCUCUUGUCUUCGGACCCUUCUCAGAUUGUCGACAUAAACGAGGUUCCGAGGACGGCAACGUUCGAAACAAACCAGAUGGUUAUGGUUCCUAUCAACUGCUCGUGCUCUGGUGACCACUAUCAGGGGAACGCUACUUAUACUAUUCGGAGCGGAGACACCUAUUUCUUUAUUGCAAAUAACACUUUCCAGGCCCUGUCAACUUGUCAAGCUAUUCAGAACCAGCAGCCUGAAAUACAACCUACUAAAUUGGUAAUCGGUUCGACGAUCACGAUUCCUGUUAGAUGUGCUUGUCCCACCAGGAACCAAACUGAUGUAGGAAUUAACUAUCUGUUGAGCUAUCCAAUUGCUCAAGGUGAUACUGUUGCGGGUAUCAGUGAGAUCUUUGGGGCUGACACUGAGAGUACUGUUGAAGCUAAUCAGCUUAGUGAUUCUGUAAUUUUUUUCUUCACUUCACUCUUGGUUUCCCUCCGGGACCCGCCAUCUAAAAUCACAGUGCCUCCGCCGCCGCCGCCGCCGCCACCACCGCCACCGCCCUUCUCACCUACAACUCCACCCCCUAGUGGUGGCUCUAGCAAAACAUGGAUUUAUAUACUUGUUGGUGUUCUUGGGGGAGCUGCUCUUCUAUUUGUUGUUUGCAUAGUUAUAUUCUUCGGUAAUAGAAAGAAGAAACCUGGCUUGAUUGUGGAUGAAUCUCGGGACUUCUUGGAUUAUAUGUCGAAUAUAGCAAAAUCUCUGAAUCUCAAGGUGUAUAAAUUCGAAGAACUUCAGGUUGCAACAGAUAGCUUCAGCCCCGACUAUCAGAUUAAAGGGUCAUCAGUUUACCGUGGUGUAAUCAAGGGUGAUUUUGCUGCUAUUAAGAAAGUUCAUGGAGACGUGUCGAAGGAGAUAGAGCUGUUGAACACGGUGAACCAUUCGAAUCUUAUUCGCCUUUCGGGAGUUUGUUUUGAUGACGGGCAUUGGUAUCUGGUCUACGAGUAUGCUGCAAAUGGAGCAUUGAGCGACUGGAUCUCCAACAACAACAGCCAAAGCGGGAAACACUUAACUUGGAUACAGAGAAUUCAGAUUGCAUUAGACAUUGCCACGGGACUGAACUACCUCCAUAGCUUAACAAAUCAUCCUCAUGUCCACAAGGACUUAAAAACCAGUAAUGUUCUUCUUGAUGGUGAUUUCAGGGCUAAGAUUAAAAACUUUGCUCUAGCAAGGUCAACUGAAGGGAAAGAGGGUCAAUUUGCCUUGACAAAGCACAUUGUUGGGACAAAGGGUUACAUGGCGCCGGAAUACGUCGAAAAUGGUAUGGUCUCCAAUAAGAUUGAUGUUUAUGCAUUCGGGGUUCUCUUGCUGGAAGUAAUAAGUGGGACAGAGGCUGCUGCAAUCUAUGGUGAGGACCAUAUGAAGUUAUCAGAGAUGUUAAGAAAUGUGGUUCAAGAGCAAGAUGGACAUGAGGGUUUGAAGCACUUGAUUCACCCCUGUAUGCUAGAUAAUUGUCCCUUGGAACUUGCCAUACUUGUGGCCAAUUUGAUCAAUAGUUGCUUAAAGAAAGAUCCGAAUGCUCGACCAGCCAUGGACGAAAUCGUGCAAUUGCUGUCGAGGAUUUUGACUGCUUCAUCGGCAUGGGAUUCUUCAUCGAGUAACAUGUCCUCGUCACAAACAUCUGGUGGGAGCUAUUGAUGGCACCAUGACUGAAAUGA